AUGGCGCCCCAGGUAGUCACCGUCUACACCCGAACCACCGAUGGUCAGCUUCACGAGGUCGGAAAAGUUGAGCUCCACAAGAUCAACCAACUCAGCCCGCGUGUCUGCAAGAACCUCCGCGGCUCGUCCGGCAAGACGGUCGUUCUCGACGAGUCCGAAUUCGACCGCGACGCCUCGAAGUGGAUCCUGGCUUGGAUGAACCGCUACGAUCUCAAGAAGGCAAUCGACGCAGACGGCCAACAAAUGCUGGUCAAGGAUCUCAAGACGCCGCUGGGCAAGAAAGACGCGAAGGGCGAGCCGGAGUUUCCAGACAUCGUGAAGGUCUUCGCCACUUCCUACGCCUUCGGCAUUCCUGUCCCUGUCAAGGGCACCGACUUCCACGACAAAAUCUACGAAUACAUCCACAUGGGCGCCCUCACCGCAGACGAGUUCCGCAUGCUGUUCGAGUGGUUGCAACUCUCCAAGAACGACCUCCUGAAGACCGCAGUACAUCAGACCGCGUACCUCAAUGGCUCCGGCAAGGCAUCGCCAGAAAUCGAGGAGAUCGAGAACGCUGCCAAGGAGUUCGGUGUUCUGGAAGAGCUGCAGGGUCGCACUGCUCAUCACGCCGCAAACAAGAAGCGUCAGGAUGCUGCCAAAGCUGCGUACGAUGCUCGGCAGGCUCGAGAGGCCGCAUGA